AAGUUGUGUUCCCUAUAUCUGGGAGAGUUUGAGGUUUGAAGUCUUGAACCACUCUGUGUUCCUCUCCUUUGCCACCGGCGGCGAUCUCCACCUCCGCGAAGAUGGGAACGGAGUACGCUCCGGCGAGGGCCAUGGCCCCCACAAAGCUCGCAUAUUUCGAUGACAUGUGGGCCCUCCGCUCCACCGCCACCGUCGUCUCCCUCGUCCAGCAGGAUGGGGGCCGGCGAGCGGUGGUGCUGCACUCCACCGUCUUCUACCCGCAGGGAGGCGGCCAGCCGGCCGACACCGGCGUCAUCUCCUCUGGAGGCGCCAGGUUCCUCGUCGAGGAUGUGCGCAUGAAGGAUGGAGUGGUUUUCCACUAUGGGAGAUUUGAGGAUGUCGGGGAUGGAUGCAAUUCUGAGUUCAGUGAAGGGCAGAGCGUUAACUUGGAAGUUGAUGCGGAACGGCGCAACUUAAAUUCCAGGCUUCAUUCUGCAGGGCAUUUGUUGGACAUCUGCAUCAGCAAUAUUGGCCUAUCUCAUGUGGAACCUGGAAAAGGACAUCAUUUUCCGGAUGGACCUUUCGUUGAGUACAAAGGAGGCAUUCCACCAGAUCAAUUGCAGGAUAAGAAAAACAAGUUGGAAAAAGAAGCAAAUGAGUUAAUUUCUAAAGGAGCCAAGGUCUUAGCUUGUAUUUUACCUUAUGAGGAGGCAACUCAAUUGUGUGGAGGUGCUCUGCCGAGCUAUAUUUCAAAAGGUAGCACCCCUCGCAUUGUAAAAUUUGGUGAUCACCCUGGUGGUCCUUGUGGUGGUACACAUGUUGCUGACAUCUCAAACAUCAAUAACAUAAAGGUCACAAACAUAAGAGUCAAGAAAGGGCUCAUCAAAGUCUCUUACAAUGUCAGUCCAUGAUUCUUUUGACCCUGCAUUUAGCAACUGGAAUUUGCCAGAGUGAAGAGGCAAAGAUUUCAGUGAACUAUUAGUUCUAUGCAAAAUCUAGGUUUAGACGAAGACUGUCACAUAUUUACAUGUAAUAUUUUGGAAAGUACUAUUAGUUCUAUGCAAAAUUUGGUAUCUCACUGUAUGUAACUUCCUGUACCACCAUGGAAUAUCUCGUAUUUGUAUGCAGCAAUGCUGAAAUCUUCUACCACUAAAUUUUAGUAGAUUUGCUGACCUGAUCUUCAGAAGGAAAAAACUGAUUUUCAGAAGGAAAAAA